ACAGAACCGUCAACCAAACUGAUUACUUUCAGAGAGAGAGGAGGAGGAGAAACAUGGAGGAAGCAAAAGGGGUUGUGAAGCACGUAUUGCUGGCAAAGUUCAAAGAUGAAACCACAGCUGAGAAGAUUGAGGAACUCAUCAAAGGCUAUGCCAAUCUUGUCAAUCUCAUUGAACCUAUGAAAGCUUUUCAAUGGGGUAAGGAUGUCAGCAUUGAGAACCUGCAUCAAGGUUUCACUCAUGUGUUUGAAUCCACAUUUGAAAGCACUGAGGGCAUUGCAGAAUAUGUAGCUCAUCCUGUUCAUGUCCAAUUCGCAAACUUGUUCCUAGGCCACCUGGAGAAGGUCCUUGUAAUCGACUACAAGCCCACCAUUGCUCGUUGCUAAGUUCAAAAAAGUAUGGAACUUGUUGUCUUGUCAGGUAUCCUGCAAUCUAGUUUCUGAAUGUUGAGUUUUUCAUGGUUCUGGUCCUGUCUGUUGGAUUAAAUCAAAAGAUAGCUUGGCAACAUCUUGACGUCUUGUAUCAAUGCUGUUCUUGUUCUCCUUGUUUCAUGUUCUGGAAUGUAUCUUUUGACACAAACAUUGGGCUUGAGUGAUUCCACCAGGGUCACCAAAGCUCAAAAUUCGAGUACAAUC